AUGCCCCCAGUUGGCGAGGGGAUCCAUGUGCAAGCCUUCACAAGAGAUCUCUACCAGGGGAUUGCCACCAGGGAAGAACUGGCUCGUCAGAUGGGAAUCCCAGAACCUCGAAUCCAGAUAUGGUUUCAAAACCGAACAGCUCAGCACCACCAGCAGGGCCCGAGCGGGCCCAGCAAUGGCCGGGCCCAGGGGCCAGGCAGCGCAGCAGCCAUGACUACUCCUGCUCCAGAGGACCGAAGGGCCCCACCCGCUGUCCAUAGCACCUCUCCUCCCCUUUGCCCCUACCCGCCACAGGAGAGCAUGCCACCCUCGGCGGCCACAGCUGCUCCUUUUGUGGCCCCCACAUUCUGUGUACCCAGGACUGCCUCUGGGGUCUGUGUGGGCCAUCCGUUGAUGAUCUUCUUGGUCCAGCCCAGCCCGAUGGCUCUCCUGCCAUGCGGGAAGCCACCACCUCUUCCUGAGGUAGCAGUUCCCUGGGCUGCGUACUUCCCUGCCGUCUUGGCCCCCCGGCAGCCUGGGCAAGGGGCCAUCCUGCCACCUGGACAGCCAGAGGCACACAUCCGGCGCUGGCUGGAGUCAUCCUACAGUAAAGGCACGGCCCCUCCGCUAGAGCCACAGACCCAGCCCCACAGCCUUCCAAGCCCGACAAGCCUCCUAGAUGAGCUCCUGGCCGACACAGGCAUUCCGUCUUUGCCAGGGCCUUUCCCGAGGCCCGCUGCUGACCAAGGGGUGGACCCUGCCCUCCCAGGCACACCCAGCCUCCUAGACAAGCUCCUGGUGGCAACGAGCAUCCCCGCAUUGCUGGGGCCUUCCCCGGGGGCUUCUGCAGUCACAGGGCAACAACCAGCUCUCACUGGCACACCCAGCCUCUUAGAGGAAAUCUUGGCUGCCACCAGUAUCCGUGCCACCCCGGGGCCUUCCCUCGGGCCCUGUGCUGAUAAACGGGCACACCUCGCCCUCCCAGGCUCACCAAGACUCCAAGAGGAGUUCCUGGCUUCCCCGGGCAUCCCGGGCUCUCUGGGUGCUUUUCUGGGGUCCUCUUCUGUCAUCACAGGGGCCCACCCAGCCUUCCCAGGAUCAGCCAGCUUCCUAGAGGAAAUCUUGGCUGCCACAGCCACGUGGGACAAGCCCUGGUCUCCUCCAGGGGCCCCUGCGGGGGACGAGGGACUUGAGGCCAUCCUAGAAGCAUGCCUCAGUCACGAGGAUUACCGGGCCCUCCUCGACAUGCUGCUGGGCUCCCCAGGUCCUCGGGCUUAG